GGGCUAUUUAUUCACUCAGUAGUAUAUCAGAUGUUUUGUGUGCAGCUGUAGUGUGAAAUAGGACCAGCUUGUUUUCCAAUAUGCAGUGCCUGUUUUGGACAGUUGUUUCUUUGGUUGCUGUAGCAUUGUACUGCCCAGUGGAAGGACAAGUCUGUAAUGCUAAUGGCUUUUACUGUGUAAAUGAUACUGCAAGUGUUACCUGCAUAGAUGGCACACCUCCAGCAACUCCUGUUGUCAAUGUAUGCCCAACAGGAACUUUCUGCAGUGCUGACUGUUCCCUAGAGUGUCUGGAAACAGUUCCAUGUGUAACAACAACCAUUCCCCCUACAACAGAACAACCCUUUGAGUGCACUUCAACUGGAAGGUUCCCUGAUCCAACAAAUUGCUCUAAUUACUAUAUGUGCUCCCCUAUAUCUACUGGUGGAUUUUACCAAUACCUGUAUAACUGCCCUGGUGGCUCUCUUUUUGACUCGGUGAGAAGACUUUGUACACUUUCUACAAAUGUUACAUGUGGUACAUCAAGCACCUCUGUAUCACCUACAGUAACUGCUCCAACUGGAACUCUAACAACUACUGUUGCACCUUUUACCUGCACAAGUGUAGGCCGAUUUAUAAACCCACUUGAUUGCUUUCAAUAUUAUAUGUGUUCCCUCAGUGCAAAUGGUACUUUCUACCAAUAUUUAUAUGACUGCCCACAAGGAGCAGCCUUUAACUCAGCAACUAGUCAAUGCACAGCUUCCACCACUUGUGUGUAGAAAAGCACUUAUUGUUACAUCAAAAAUUGUAUAAUUACUAAGGUCAUGUAAUGUAAUUUACUUAGUAGAUCAAAAUUUAAGUAUGAAGUGUAUUUUUAAUGUAUUAGUUCAUUUUUAUUUGUGGCACAAACCUAGUUUAUGAACAAAAGUUUGAAAUUGGUAUUGUACACUUGUUAUUUAUGUUAAUGAUUGAAUUUGUAAUGUAUGUGGAAUACAACAUUUCAUCCAGUUACAGUGAUAAAAAUUUAUACAAUAAUCUGUACCGUGAUGCACCAUAUAACCAUUUCACAUGAGUUACUGAAAACCUGUGAGAUUUUAAACCUAAAAAAAUUUGGUUUUGCAGAUUCAUUCCAGUAUACUAAAUAGUAUCUGCAUGUUAUCCAAUAAGAUGGGUUAACGCCCGCAUUUCUAUUUUAUUCUUAGUAUAGCAGUGAUACGUCUGAAUUUCUUGUAAGUCUUUCAAUUUUUAAAUCAUACAUUCAGUUAGCAUAAAAUAUAUGGUUUUGAGGAAAGGGGGAGGCAUAGGUUUCUGCUUUUUAAAGAGUGAACUCUCCUUGUACUCUGGAGGACAUAUUUCUCAACUAAUGUUGAAUAAAAUGAACAAAAAAUUAUUGCACUUUUAUUGUGGUCACUUAUCCAAAUACUUUCAAUUCCUUAACUAUCCACAGAACAUCAAAAGUGUUUAUUUUAUUUUGAAUUUCUGACAUAUCUGUAAAAUGAACAGCGAGGUUAUGAAAAAUUAUAAAACAUAAUUCACAUUUCGAUAAACACAGUUGGCAAAUGGUUGAAUGGUAUGUUAGCUUUUACGUCAGCCAUUUCAAUUAUGUAUUGUACUUCAGACUGUCACAACUACAGGAAAUGAUGCACUGUAUCUGAAACCAACUAAAAAGACAUAACAAUUGCAAAGUCACAAAUUCUCAAAGCUGACUGAAGUAAAUAUAAGCCAUCCAUAUCUUUAAAAUGAUGUUCAUUUUAAUUGGGAAUGAUCCACCUUCUUGUUAAUUCUUUGUAAA